UAGUUAAUCUGUAUUAAACUCAUAUCAUGUAAACCGUCUUGUAUCCAGGGUAGGAGCGGGGCCGUACAGCCCACUGCAGCCGCGGUAGGCUACUUCCGUUCCGCAGAGGGCGACAGGCACCAGCCAGCCUAGACUGUGGCGGAGGUCCAGACACAAUAGACUGGGUCCCGGCUCUUCUCCAAUCCAAACCGGUAUGUCGGAUGAGGAUUCUCGUGCCAGCACCAGCUCUUCUUCAUCGCCGCCUUCUUCCAGCCAAACCAGACAGAGGGACACGUUUUGCAAAAAGAAACGGGAGAGCAAAGCCAGCAUGAGCAAGACCUCCAAACUGCUUUCCACCAGCGCCAAAAGGAUUCAGAAAGAGCUGGCUGAUAUUACACUGGACCCUCCGCCGAACUGCAGUGCUGGCCCUAAAGGAGACAACAUCUAUGAGUGGAGGUCGACCAUCCUGGGACCGCCGGGCUCCGUGUACGAGGGAGGGGUCUUCUUCCUGGACAUCGCCUUCACACCUGACUACCCCUUCAAACCCCCCAAGGUAACUUUCCGUACGAGGAUCUAUCACUGCAACAUCAACAGUCAGGGGGUGAUCUGUCUGGACAUCCUGAAGGACAACUGGAGCCCCGCCCUCACCAUCUCCAAGGUGCUGCUGUCCAUCUGCUCCCUGCUCACAGACUGUAACCCAGCCGACCCCCUAGUGGGAAGCAUCGCCACCCAGUACACGACUAACAGAGUGGAGCAUGACCGAACAGCCAAACAGUGGACGAAGAGAUACGCCACAUAAACCUACAGAGGACGACGAAGGCUGAAGAAGAGGAGGAGGAGGAAGUGGAAAAGGGGGGUGGGGGGCUGCGGGGUUGUUGUGUUUGGGGGUUAUUUCUAUCUCAGAUUUUUAGUACUUUAUUGUCUGGUAUAUUUUUUGCUUCCUGAUUAAGUUAUCUCCUCAAAUAUGGUAAUAAAGGAACACAAUGGAAAGGAAAUCUCGCCCGACUCUUUUUUUGUUGUUGUUGUUUACAUUGUUAAUUAAAGGGCGAAUUCAACAUUCAAACCUGUUGGACAAAUGAACAGUAAUCACUUAGAGUAAUGCUGAAACCACUUCAGUAAUUUAGACAAGUUGCAAGUAACUACUGUAAUGUUUCCAUUUAUUAAUGUCGUUAAGUGAGCACUUUUUGGUUCAUUUUAUGGUAGGUAUUAUAAACACUUAAUGGUUAGCAGCACACUAAUGUAGUAAUAAACAUCUAUCGUUUGUCCAAACCUGAUGCAUAAUACUGUCUGUGGACUCCCAGAAUUGAUUGGUUUGUAGUAAUGCCAUGACGAAAAUAGAGUAAAACAGUUGUAAUCAUAUAAAGCAUGCUCAUGUUACUGAAGUACAUUACAAAUGCAGGUGAUCAAACAUUUUCCUUGUGAAAACUUCCUUAUCUUCCUACAACCACAGUAUCUCGGGUUGUAAAGAAAGUAUGUCAAUAUAUAGAUAUGUUUGUAUAAUGCUGUAAAUGUUCAAUAGGGGUGUUAAAGUACAGAUAUAGUAAGACCAGUGAUACAAUCUGUACACUUUGUCUUCUGGCUGCAGCUGCUACAUUCCUCUACAGCUUGACUGUUUCAAGAACUUUCUCGAGCAUCAGAUGUCAAAAUAUCUGCCAAAGAACAACAUAAAUAGAGAUGGUUUGAAUAAAAACCCCGGCCUCCUUUGCCUUUCAA